ACCGGAUCCUCCUCAGGAAAAACGUGGUGAACCGACUUCGUUCGCUGUCAAGUACAUCUUGCGCCUGAUCACACUUCCAUUCACUCUUUCCAUUGUCAUUGCCCGGUCUUGCUCCCCUGUCGGGCUCGGCUAUUAUCAGCGGCCUCUGUAGGUGCCUGAACCCCCCGUCUCCAUCCUCAGGCACCUCAUCACGCCCAGCCAUUUCCACUGCACCAGACAGCUGGAGGUCACGGGAAUUUCAUCCACUUCUUGUCACUGCACAUCGACCUCAGCCAUCGCGCUCGCGAAUCACCCGCGCCCGUACCCAACGUACAAAUCCAAAUCCUCGGAGUGAGAGCAAGGGAACCACCUUCGCCAUGGCCACCAUCAAUGGCAUUGCCAGCGCAUCUGCACCUCCACUCCCAUCACCGCAAUCGCAGCCGCCUGAUUCCAACCACGACAGCCUGACUCCAGCUUCCAAGCGGAAACGCGCCAACAGCACCGAAAUUCCUGACCUUCAAACAAAUGGCACGACCGAGGCUGUCCAGACCACCGCCGCAUCCACAACCGCAUCGAACGAACGAACCCCCGCCCACUCCGACAUUCGCGACUUAAUAGAUAUCCUCAAAGGGUAAGCAUGCGACGGCAUUCUGACGACGCUCCACCAUACCAUGGCCUUUCCCCCACAUCUAGCAUCUGGCAUUUCAUCUUAGAAAAAUAGCGACUAAUCGGAACUUCUAGACUUGAUACCGUACCCUCGAUUCUCGAUCGACCCCUCAAUGAUCGCCCUUUCUCAACGGAACCGCAAGCCAAACGGCAAAAGGCCCAAGAUGGCUCGGAAGUCAAAAAUACCAUCUUGACGCGCGCGGCCGCUCACGCCUACGAGAGCCUCGAUGCUGUUCUAGAAGAUUUGAAUGCCGCCGUAUUAGACAUGGAGGAGAAGAUGCAACUGCCAAAUAGCGCCGCUAGAAACCAUUACAUGCCAGUAGGAUCUGCGCAUUCCGAACUGGGCCUCAAAGUUUCGGCAUUUCAAAAGAAAGCACACGAGCUUGUCAGAAGGCACAAGAUGUCUACGGAACAAGCCCAAAAGAAGGAUGGCGAUUUGAAUGGCAUUAACGGGCGACAAACAAAUACUCGUCCUCAAAUCACCACGGCCUCGGGCGAUAACAAGAAAGUUCUCACUUUGUACGGAAGUGCCCCUCAGCCAAAGCAGCUAUUCUCUAGUUUCCAGCUCCCAACGAACCUUGAAGGAGAGGUCAAGCAAAUUUUACCCCCCAUCAGGGAAGGCGGAUUACCCAACGGCAUUACCACUACACAAAUCAUUCCCAUGCCAUCGUCAAACCUGGUUGAAGUCAAAAAGGCGACCCUCGGUGACGUGUUUCCAUCUCCCGCAAACAUCAUCCCACUUCAACCACCGAAACCUUCAUCAAAUUCAACAACUAAAGAAAAGAUUGUUGGCUGGUACCAACCAUCCUCCUUCGAACCACGGUAUAAGAGCGCCAGUUACUCUAACGCAAAUGUCAGCUGUGGUCAAUGGCUGGACUACAGCAACGCAACUUCGCCAAAGAGUUCUAAGAAACGUCACCGUGAUAGAAAUUUGAGUCUUAGUGGUUCUAAAAGCUUGGUUCCAGAGGCAGACUCCGCCGAGGUUGAAGCUGCAAAACGAGAUGCUUUAUUCCGUAGCGCAUACUGCAGCUUUGCUCCCACCAAAGAUAACACAGCGGCUGUCAUGCCAACUGGUAUGUUGGAACGUAUCUGGUGGCAGCAAUCUGGAGAACGAGCCUAUAAUCGAGCUGUCGAAAAUGUCGCAGAAUUGACUGGGUCAAACAAGGCAGACUCUGAUGCAACCAAUAUCAGCAGUGAAGAUGACAUUAAGAAAUUUGAAGAAGCAGUUGAGGGCUGGGAAAAGGAUGUUGUUGACCCAAGCCUUGUUGAGUUGGCUCCCGCCGAUGAGAAGUCCAUCCAAGAGAAAGAUGUGGAGGAGGUACUUGAGGGCAUAUCGGAGCUUUUGGAGACUCUCAAUUCUUACCAAAGAAUCCGACACAUGUCCUUGAACCCCACUAUUCGCGCAGCUGGUGGCCUUCUUGCGGCUCCGGAUACUUCCAUCACGGGAACUCCGUCAAAACCAAGCGAUGCGGAACAAGCAACUUACGAGAUGCUCAAGGCACAGUUGUCGCUGAUGAUCGCUACUCUGCCUCCAUAUGCCGUUGCCAAAUUAGAUGCAGACCGAUUGUCGGAACUUAGGGUCAGCACCAAUAUUGAAAUUCAAGUGGACAACUUUAGAGGAGUUAUGGAAGAGGACGAAAGUGCAGCCAAGGCAAGAGCACUAGCUACAGCAAGUGCUGCAAAUGUGGCUCGUGCUCAGCAACAGCAAACUCCUAUCCACCGUACCCCCUCGGCAAGCCAAGUAUACGGCAAUCAGUUCUCUGCCCCUCGCCCCACUCCUACGCCCUCUCACCAAUAUUAUGGAGGAGCGCCGACCCCUUCGCGAGCACCUCAGCCAAGUAUGCAAAGACAUACCUCAGCUGCAGCUCCAAUUCCUUACUCAGUACAAAGGCCCGCUGCUGCUGCUCCCUUCCGACCUCCCCAACAGGGCUACAACACACCAAAUUAUGGCCAAGCCGCUCCUCGUCCAGCUCAGCAAUAUGCACCUUCAAGCCAACCACAACAGUACAUGCAGCAGGCAGCCGCUGCCCAAUCCUUUUUGAGAGCGCCGGUUCAUAAUUAUCAAGGUGUUCCCCAAACUGCACCACAAAAUGCAAUGAAUGGACGUUACCCAUCAUCUGGAUACCCACAUCAAGCUCAACCCACACAAAAUGGGCCAGAUUAUCGCUACAAUGCGGCCUCUGCCAUGGCUAACCGACAAAAUUCUCCACAAAUGUCCAUGUAUAGUCAAGCCAGCCCAGCCCAAGCUCGACCUGCUUAUUCUUCUCCAACACCACCUUUGCCUCAAGACAGCCGUCGAUACCUCUCUAAUCCCAUGAUGACUAGUGGCAGCUCACAGGUUACACAACCACCACAAUCACAACCAUCUCAAUCUACGGGAUAUCAUACCUAUCUUACGCAGCAGGAACAGGCGACCAUGAUGGAACAGCAGCGGGCAAAACUAGCUGCUCAAACACAGCAACAAAAUGCAGUACAACAGCAAGCCAGAGCAGCACAAGCAGCUUUGGGAACCCCAUCGCAAUCUCAAGUAAACGGCACCAAUGCUGUGAUAGCUGGGCUUUGAAGUAAAAGGAUCUCGGCGUGAAUUUUAUGUGGGGUUGGAGUCAUUAAAGAGCAUCGACAUCUACCUUUCUUGCUUGAAGAAGGAUAGUUCUUGGGUCCCUAUUUGGGCAGGCCUCUGCAGGAUGGUAAAUUUGGGUCUGGCGUGAAAAGGGGUCUUGUGCAUUUGGAGUUUGGAAGGAAAUUGAAUUUGGGGUUGACCGCCUUUUUGCUCUCUUGUUUUUGCGGCUUCUGUUUUUUGCGCAGAGGCUCUGUCAAAUGUAUAUCAAACAUGUAUGCGUAUACCUAGAGCGUUUGGUGGUUGCUGGGGUGGGAACCCAAGGCCCUCUAUUUUCUUAUUGAUUUUUCAUGGAUGGAUGGAUGGAUGGGAUGAGUACUUUUCAUCUUUCUUCUAUCUGUGUGGUGGCAACCGAAAGAAGAAAGGCUUGAGAGAAUGGAAUGGGAUGGAUGGGAUUGUACCCUUGUAAUUCAUGCAUUGAGGAAAACCGGCGUUAAAUAGUCUUCGCCCUUUUGUGUUUUCUUAAUUAAAAGACUUUUUUUUGAAA